CACCUCCUCCAGCUCCAGCUCCGGUCAGAGUCAGUCCCGCCAGUAGCAGAAGCAGUAGGGUGGAGUGGAGUCCAGCACUGGACCGGAGAGAGGUUUCUACAGAGCCAUCAUCGUCGUCAUCAUCAGUGGGGGAUCACGGGCGGGGCGGUCACGGGAGGAGGAGGAGGAGGGGAAUCUCUUUUGGUUUACUACUCCAGUCCAGUCCAGUGGUUCUUUCCGCGGCCCGCCUUCAAUGCCGCCACCGCUAGCUUUACUGCUGGAUCUGACCUGAUCUCAUCUCAUCUCAUCUGAGAGCCACCGUCUUCCUCCUCUCGGUUCUUCUUCUUCUUCUUCUUCUUCUUCUUCUUCUUCUUCUUCCUCCUCCUGUGGAAUUCGGUGCGAAUCCGUGGCGAAAAGGUGGGGAUCUUGGCUCCAGAGUGUUCCUUCCGUUUCUUCAGGUGAGAUUUUCCCGUCCCACACACAGGACGAGAAAUCUGCCUCGUUUCUGCACGGAUUCCGCGGCCGGAUUUCCUUUCUUUCUUUCUCCCCGGAUUCGGUGCAUGGAACCACUUCCCCCCUCCGUCCCCAGCAACAAGAAGAUAUCUGCUGCUGCUCUGCUAGCCUGAGCCUGAGGCCCCAAUGGCGUCCUCGCCGUCCCCCUCGCCGGGGACCACCAAGGCCUCCCCCGCGGCCGCCUCCCCAGCACCGGUCAAGCUGCCCAAUGCCACCCCGGCCGACCCGCCGGCGGCCCCGCCCGUGACCUCCGCGGCCGUGCCGCCGCCGACGCCCCCUUCCCCGUCGCCGCCCCCGGCACCCACAACCGUGUCGCCGCCUCCGGUCCCUGUCGCCUCUCCGCCGCCCACCCCGCCAGUAACAUUGCCGCCGCCUGCUGCGGUGCCCCCGCCGCCCGCCCCUGCUGCUGAUCCUCCCAAGCAGUCGCCUUUGCGGCCCCCUGUGGCCGCAGCGUCGCCGCCCCCGCCGACCCCGAGCAGUUCGCCGCCGCCGCCGGAUCGCUCGACCACGCCGCCGGUGGCGCGGUCGCCACCGCCGCGGCACCCGGGGUCGCCGCCAGGCACGCCACCCGCGACUGAGCCGCAUGCGCCGCCGCCUUCUGUCAGCCCCAUCAUCAAACCUCCCACCAGCCCCUCCCCGGCCUCUGGAGAUCCCACAGUCCCUACCGCUCCCAGCAGCCCCUCGCCGCCUUCCUUGACGACGCCGUCGACACCAGACUCCGGUCCUCCAUCUACACCUAGUGAUCCAACAGCCCCACCAACACCAAUGGCUGUCAUCCCAGGUUUGGACACGCCAUGGAGCCCCUCUGGGCAGGACAGCAGCCCCUCGCCGAGCAGCAGCGCUGGAUUGUCUGAUGGCGCAAAGGUGGGGAUCGGCGUCGUGGUGGCGAUCCUCGUGCUUAGUUUGUUCGGUGCCGGGUGCUGGUACAAGAAGAAACGGAGGAGGAUGACCGGUUACCAUGCCGGGUUUGUCAUGCCUUCACCCUCACCAUCUGCUUCUCCACAAGUGCUACUAGGACACUCAGAGAAAACUAAAACCAACUACAGCGCCGGGAGUCCUGAGUUCAAAGAUACAAUGUCGGAGUACAGCAUGGGCAACUGUCGCUUCUUCACCUACGAGGAGAUGCACAACAUCACAAACGGUUUCUCCGAUCAAAACCUGCUAGGGGAAGGCGGCUUCGGGUCAGUCUACAAGGGUUGCCUGCCCGAAGGGAGAGAGGUUGCCAUUAAGAAGCUGAAAGACGGCAGCGGGCAGGGGGAGCGCGAGUUCCAGGCCGAGGUCGAGAUCAUCAGUCGCGUGCAUCACCGCCACCUGGUUUCUCUUGUGGGGUAUUGCAUCUCGGGCGACCAGCGAUUGCUUGUCUACGAUUUUGUGCCCAACGACACGCUGCACUAUCAUCUCCAUGGGCGUGGAGUGCCCGUUCUGGAUUGGCCAGCCAGGGUUAAAAUUUCUGCUGGAUCGGCUCGAGGGAUAGCAUAUCUUCAUGAAGAUUGUCAUCCCCGAAUAAUCCACCGAGAUAUAAAAUCCUCUAAUAUUCUGGUGGAUAAUAACUUCGAGGCACAGGUUGCUGAUUUUGGUCUUGCAAGGCUAGCCAUGGAUUUUGCCACGCAUGUAACUACACGGGUGAUGGGAACUUUUGGGUACAUGGCUCCAGAGUAUGCAUCGAGUGGCAAGCUGACUGAGAAAUCAGACGUGUUCUCCUUUGGUGUUGUCCUCCUAGAGCUCAUUACAGGACGAAAGCCUGUCGAUGCAUCGAACCCAUUGGGUGAUGAGAGCCUUGUCGAGUGGGCUAGGCCACUGCUCACGCAAGCGCUCGAGACCGGCAAUGUAGGGGAGCUGUUGGACCCCAGGCUGGACAAAAACUUCAACGAGGUCGAGAUGUUCCAUAUGAUCGAAGCGGCAGCAGCCUGCAUACGACACUCGGCACCCAGGAGGCCCCGGAUGAGCCAGGUGGUUCGGGCCCUCGACAGCUUGGCGGACGUCGACCUGACCAACGGGGUGCAGCCGGGGAUGAGCGAGAUGUUCAACGCCCCCAGCACGGCGGAGAUCAGGCUGUUCCAGCGGAUGGCGUUCGGCAGCCAGGACUUCACGACCGGCUUCACCCAGUCUAGCAGCUGGAACAGCAGCCGUCAGGGCGGAGACGCCGAUGCCGCCUCUGGCGGGCCGAGGCGGUCGCAACCGUAGUAAUGUGAUUAGCCUCUAGGGUGGGGCAUUAUUGCUCCUUGGUUCAUUUCAUGCAAUUCUUUGGGUGGAUCGUCCGUCUUCUCUUUUCUUUUCUGGGAGGUUGUCGUCUCGACUGACUGACAGAAGAAUGUAUAUUGCGUGUUGGGGUCCAUGGAUUCGACGAACCGAAACUUACUAACUUGUUGGAGGCGAAUUUUGCGCUCGGCCUGGUUGCGGCUAAAGUUGGUACAAAGUUGAGUCA